CCCCACCGGUCUCCCAAGGAUGGAUCAUUCCCAGUGCCUUGUGACUAUAUACGCCUUGGUGGUUCUGCUGGGUCUCCGUCUAGAGCAAGGCGCCUGCCAGCACUAUCUGCACAUCCGACCGGCUCCCAGCGACAACUUGCCCUUGGUGGAUCUAAUCGAGCACCCGGACCCUAUCUUUGACCCCAAGGAGAAGGAUCUUAACGAGACCUUGCUAAGGAACCUCAUGGGCGGACACUUCGACCCUAACUUUAUGGCUAUUUCCUUGCCCGAGGACCGGCUUGGAGUGGACGAUCUAGCCGAGCUGGACUUGCUGCUCAGGCAGAGACCCUCGGGAGCGAUGCCUAGCGAAAUCAAAGGGCUGGAGUUUUACGACGGGCUGCAGCCGGGCAAGAAGCACAGGCUGAGCAAGAAGCUGCGCAGGAAGCUGCAGAUGUGGCUCUGGUCCCAGACCUUCUGCCCGGUCCUAUACACGUGGAACGAUCUCGGCAGCCGCUUUUGGCCCCGGUACGUCAAAGUGGGCAGCUGCUACAGUAAAAGGUCUUGUUCGGUCCCAGAAGGGAUGGUUUGCAAACCUGCCAAGUCCGUGCAUUUAACGAUCCUGAGGUGGAGGUGCCAGCGUCGGGGAGGGCAGAGGUGCACAUGGAUACCCAUCCAGUACCCCAUCAUUUCGGAGUGCAAGUGCUCCUGCUAGGGCUGGCACUUACCUUUUCUCCCCCCUUCUCCAGCGGACUCACGUGGACCUUUGCUGCAACAAAAAUAAAAGACAUUUGCUUUCUGGUUAACGUUGUAAUGCACUGUAACGUGUAGGAGAAUGUAUAUUGUGUGUAUAUUUGGCACCGGUUUAAUAUACUAUUAAAAGGUCAGUAUUAUACGUGAAAUAAUCAGCGUCUACUGUAUUUUUAAGACUAUUACCCUGA